AUGCUUCCUCUCUUCAACAAAGUGCUUCCUCUCUUCAUCAAGAUGCUUCCUCUCUUCAACAAAGUACUUCCUCUCUUCAUCAAGAUGCUUCCUCUCUUCAACAAAGUACUUCCUCUCUUCAUCAAGGUGCUUCCUCUCUUCAUCAAGAUGCUUCCUCUCUUCUUCAAAGUACUUCCUCUCUUCAUCAAGAUGCUUCCUCUCUUGAUCAA